CGCAGUUGAUCGCGAUGUUUGGACACAGCUGACCGCUGCCUGCUAGAAGAAAUCAAACCACCAGGCUAGGCUAGCAGGACAGACAGUUAGCGGCGCAGAGAGCAGCGGGCAGCGAAUGUAAACUCAGGGGGAACCGAGGAGACAACACAAGGACCGGGGCUAAACCUCCAGAGAUGCGGACGUUGAGUGUCGUCUCACCGCAAGCUAACGUUAGCUUUGUCCCGACACACAGGGACUGAUCUCUGUGGCAAAGACGACAGAUAAAACGGCGACAUCAACAGGAACGGGUUAGCUUAGCUUCAAUGUUAUUGUUAAUUAAACCCCACAUAUUAUGGUCACGAUGUCCUACUCUGGAAACCUGGUUUGGGAUGUAAAUAAACGUUUAAUUGGAUACAACGAGCCCAACAUCAUCAGGAGCAACUAUUUAGGUAGAAAAGAAUUUGUCCAGAGACUUAAGCUUGAAGGGACGCUGAAUGUUCACGAUGGCUGUGUCAACACUAUAUCCUGGAGCGACACGGGUGAAUAUCUCUUGUCGGGGUCAGACGACACCUUUUUGGUUAUCUCCAACCCGUACAACAAGAAGGUCAAGAAGUCCAUACGCUCCGGCCACCGGACGAAUAUCUUCAGCGCGAAGUUCAUGCCCCACACCAACGACCAGGAGAUCAUCUCCUGCUCCGGAGACGGCGUCAUCUACUACACCAACACGGAGAAGAGUCCUGAGCACAACAGACAGUGUCAGUUCACCUGCCACUACGGGACAGCUUAUGAGAUUAUGACGGUACCAAAUGACCCCUACACGUUCCUGUCGUGUGGGGAGGACGGCACGGUGCGAUGGUUUGACCUCCGCACCAAGACCAGCUGUACAAAAGAAGACUGCAAAGAUGACAUUCUGAUAAACUGUCGCCGAGCAGCGACCUCUAUAUCCAUCUCUCCUCUGGUGCCGUACUACCUGGCCGUCGGCUGCUCCGACAGCUCGGUGCGGAUCUACGACAGACGCAUGCUGGGAACCAGAGCCACAGGUAACUACAUGGGCCGGGGGACGACGGGGAUGUGUGUGAAGUUCGUCCCCGCUCACCUGUCCAACAAGUCGUGCCGCGUGACGUCUCUCUGCUAUAGCGCGGACGGCCAGGAGGUGCUGGUCAGCUACUCCUCCGAUUACAUCUACCUGUUCGACCCCAAAGACGACCAGGCCCGAGAGCUGAAGGGCCCGCCUAGCGAGACGAGGGAUGAGUUUCUGAGACAGCUGAGACAGCCUCCAGUGAAGCGCCUCCGCCUGCGGGGGGACUGGUCUGACACUGGACCCCGCGCUCGCCCUGAGAGCGAGAGGGAGAGAGACGGGGAGCAGAGCCCGAACGUGUCUCUGAUGCAGAGGAUGUCGGACAUGUUGUCUCGGUGGUUUGAGGAGGCCAGCGAGGCUCAGAGCAGCCGAGGAACCCGACCGCAGACACGGCCCACAGUGGCCGCUGUGCGUCUAGGGGGGGCGUCGAGUGUUCCUGCUCUGCCUGCUCCGGCGGGCUAUCAUCUGUUUGCAAAUCCACAGAGGACUGCAGAGCCAACCCCCCCGGAGGAGCCAGCCGGACCUGCAGCAGCCGCCGCCACAGCCAUCCCUAAAUCCACCUCCUCUUCAUCCUCAGGGUCGUCAUCAACAGUCACAGCACCUCCUCCGUCCACCUCCUCUUCAGUGGAGAGCUCAGUCCCUUCCUCCUCCUCGCCCGACACCACCGGGACCCCCACGCCCACCCCCGCUCUCUCAGAUUCCCCCUCGUCUGUGGUAAACAAACAGCUGGGAUCCAUGACUCUUGACGAACAGCAGGGAGCAACAGAAGCUGCAGGUUCGCCUCCUGAUCAACCUGUUUCUGCACCGGUUAACGCUCCCACUACCUCCACCACCUCCUCCUCCUCCACCUCCACAUCCUCCACCACCUCCUCCUCCACCUCCACCCUGAGCAGCACAAGUCGGCCCAGCGCAGCAGAGCCCGUCCUCAGCCUGCACUACAGCUCCGAGGGAACCACCACCAGCACCAUUAAGCUGGACUUCACUGAUGAGUGGAGCAGUAGCACAUCGAGCUCUAUGGGCAGCGGGGGUCCCAAAAGAUCUGAAUCUGUUCCUGCAGUGAACCGAGAGAGUCUGUCCACGGAGAGCUCAGCCGCAGAGCAAACUCCCUCUCUGUCCUCGGGGCAGCAGAGUGUCGCGGCCGCCUCCUGCUCCGGGGCCCAGGCUGCUGCUGCUGCUGCUGCUGCUGGAUCCUCUCAGUGGGAAACCGUGGCUCCUUCAGGGGCGGAGAGCAGUCCGCCUGUGGGCACGGAGGACAGGACGGGGGGCUGCAGGAGAGCGGAGCCCCGAGGGGAGGAGGGGGGCGAGGAGGGCCAGAGUCAGGCGGCACGGCCCCACCAGGACUCUGACGACAGCGACGAUGACCCCAUCCUCAUCCCGUCCACCAGGUUCGGGGGUCAGGGCCAGAGAUUAAAUUCCAGAGGAUCUGCAGUAGGAGAUAGGAUGAUCAGACGCUCAGCAGCCGCUCGUAUCCAGGAGCUUUUCCGCAGGAGGAAAGAACGACGGGAGAUGGAGGAGAGCGAGACCCAGAAUAUCAGGAUACCCUUGGUCAAGCAGGUCUACAAAGGCCACCGCAACUCCAGGACAAUGAUAAAGGAGUCUUGUUUUUGGGGCGACAACUUUGUGAUGAGCGGCUCAGACUGCGGCCACAUCUUCAUCUGGGACCGACACACAGGGGAGCACCUCAUGCUGCUGGAGGCCGACAACCACGUGGUGAACUGCCUGCAGCCGCACCCCUACGACCCCAUUCUGGCUUCUUCGGGGAUUGACUACGAUAUCAAGAUUUGGUCGCCACGGGAGCAGGCGGCGUCUUUCAACAGAAUCCUCGCUAAUGAGGUAAUCACUCGAAAUGAGCUGAUGCUAGAGGAAACCAGGAACACAAUCACAGUCCCGGCCUCUUUCAUGCUCCGAAUGUUGGCCUCCCUUAAUCACAUCAGAUCAGAUCGAUUAGAAGGGGAUCGCUCCGAGGGUUCGGGACAGGAAAAUGAGGAAGAGCAGUAGCCUGCGGGCAUUUUAAAUUGAAAUAAAAAAACUAUUUCUUCUUGCUGUAUAGCACAUGAAAAAAAAAAACCCUGAGAUUUGUACAAGUAUAGUGUAGAAUACUUCCUUUUGAAAACUAGUGUAAUUUCUAGGCCCCCCCUGUGUUUUUUUUAUGACUUUCUUACUGAUGUUUCUGUAUGAGGAUAAUCUACAUCUGUGUGAAUGCAAGAGGCAAAGGACGUCAGUAUAUAUAUAUAUUAAGUGUGAGAAUAAUGGCGGCUGGAGUGCAAGGAUGUUAAGUGCAAUAUUAUUUUGUUAGGAGAAAGUGAGCUUUGAUCAGUGUUAACGUGUGACAUUUUGAAUUUGUAGCACAAAGCUAAGAAUUGUUGAUGUGCUGCUCCGGCAGUUACGCAUGUAAACAAGGACUUUAAGUAAAAACAUACUUGGAGAA